CCCGAGAUGGAGGCAGCCUCGCAGGCGGACGGGGUGACGGUGGUGCUCGAACGCGGUUCCCACGCAGCCCCGGCGCCCGAAUGCCCGCAUGGUCCUACUCUUUUGUUUGCAAGGAUUCUUCCAGGGAAAGGAAAAGGGAGAAGAUUUUACGCUUGUUCGGCGUGUAGAGAAAGGAGAGAGUGCCAUUUUUUUCAGUGGGAAGAUGAAAAGAUAUCAGAAGCUCGUCUUUCAGCACGGGAAAAAUACAACCGGAGUCAUCGGCCCUCUAAAACUCAUUCCGACAAUGUAAAAAGGUACAAGGAAUUCAUCGCUCUACCACCAUCGAAAAGGAAGUUUUGCCAAGAAUGCCAACAGCUCCUGUUGAUAUCUGAAUGGGAAGGACACUCUGGCCAUCCAAUACUCUCUGAUAUCUCGGCGGCCCAGCUGAGAAGACCUACCCAACUCCUCAGUGCUCUGGAGAACAAGAAGACGAAUGCGCAGUAUCUCUUCACCGAUAGAAGUUGCCACUUCCUGUUGGAUCUUCUCGUGGCGCAAGGUUUCCGACGGGUGCUUUGUGUGGGCACUCCAAGGCUUCAUGAACUGAUCCAGUUGGAAGCUUCCUCCCAUGAGAAGAUCUCCAUGAAGAGUCUUUUGCUCGAUAUUGAUUUCCGGUAUUCGCAGUUCUAUCCCGAGGAGGACUUUUGUCACUAUAACAUGUUCAACCAUUAUUUCUUUGCUGGAGAGGCUGCUUCCCGUGUGUGUGAGGAAUUCCUGCAGGAAGACCGUGGGAGGCACGUGGUCAUGGUGGCCGAUCCCCCCUUUGGAGGCUUGGUGGAGGCCUUGGCUUCUAGUUUCCAAAAACUGAGGGCAAUGUGGAGCUCAGCAGGAGGCACAGGUUCUUCUACCAGCAAAGAGCUACCUAUCCUUUGGAUAUUUCCGUAUUUUUUUGAGCCACGCAUUCUUGAAUUUUUUCCAAGUUUCACAAUGUUGGAUUAUCAGGUUGAUUAUGACAAUCACGCGCUAUAUAAGCACGGGAAAAGAGGCCGCAAACAAUCCCCGGUUCGUAUUUUUACUAACCUCUCACCAGGUUCGAUUGUUCUUCCCGCAGAAGAAGGAUACAGGUUUUGCCCUGUCUGUCAGAGAUACGUCAGCGCCGAGAAUCGGCAUUGUGACAUCUGCAAUUCCUGUACUUCAAAAGAUGGCAGAUGUUGGACUCAUUGUAACCUUUGCAAAAAAUGUGUAAAACCCUCCUGGGUUCACUGUAGCAUCUGCGGUCGCUGCGCUCUUCCCACUCACCCUUGCGAAGAAGCUCAUGCCGGGUGCUUUAUUUGCGGUGAAGACGAUCACAAACGCACCACGUGUCCAAAUCGGCAACGGAUCGGCAGAAUUGACCAAGAUAGCAAAAAGGCCAAGAAAAAGAAGAAAUUGAAGAGGAUUGUUCUGGAGACAACAUGUUGGAAAAAGGCAAAAGCUGCAAGAAAAAGAAAAAAGAAGAUAUAGAAUAAAACAUUUCAGUGCUUAUUCCUUUGUUUAUUAUUGUCUUGUUAUUAAUCUGACUAUUAAAAAGAUGUCACUGGAUUAACAGAAAA